AUGAGAACCUUAAGAAGCUUCGAUGGCUUCCCUUUAAAUUUGAGCAACUUCUAUGGUGGCUGCGCUAUUCUUCUUCUUCUUGUUGUUGUUGUUACUUUAUUGUUUCUUCUGAACCGUAAGAGCAGAUCCCUGUUGGCGUCCUCUUUGAUCUCCGAUUCUAGCAAUUUAAACCCAAGAACCUCAAACACUGUCACUGAUGCUGAUUUGAAGUUUUUAAUGGAUGAAAUUCUAAAUCAGAACCAUAAAUGGGAGGAUGUCAUAGAUAAACAAAUCAUCAUCUAUGCUACAAAGCUAAAUCCACAAAACCUAAGAACUUGUUGUCCUUGGAUGUUGCAGAAUGGUCCCCUGAAAUAUUGGAGUAUGACUGUGUUCAAUGAUAUUUCCGCCGAGAUGCUAAGAAACUUCUACAUGGACAAUCACUACAGAAAGCAAUGGGAUAACACUGUGGUCGAACACAAUCAGCUGCAGCUGGAUGAAUCUGAUGGUUCUGAAGUUGGUCGUACAGGUCAGACUCCAUUGUUUCCUCGUAUUUUUGGUCAUGAAGCUGGAGGGAUCGUGGAGAGCGUAGGUGAAGGUGUGACUCAUCUGAAACCAGGGGAUAAAGCCCUGCCUGUAUUCACAGGGGAGUGUGGUGAAUGUCCACAUUGUAAGUCGGAGGAGAGCAACAUGUGUGAUCUUCUUAGGAUCAACACUGACAGAGGUGUCAUGCUCAAUGAUAACAAGUCUAGAUUCUCUAUCAAUGGAGAGCCCAUAAACCAUUUCGUGGGCACCUCUACAUUCAGUGAGUACACAGUGGUUCAUGCUGGAUGUGUUGCAAAGAUCAAUCCUGAAGCACCACUUGACAAAGUUUGUAUUCUCAGUUGUGGAAUAUGCACAGGUCUUGGUGCUACUGUGAAUGUUGCAAAACCAAAGCCAGGUUCUUCAGUUGCUAUCUUUGGGCUUGGAGUUGUUGGCCUUGCUGCUGCUGAAGGUGCAAGGAUCUCUGGUGCAUCAAGAAUCAUUGGAGUUGAUUUAGUUUCCAGCCGAUUUGAAUUAGCUAAGAAGUUUGGAGUGAAUGAGUUCGUGAACCCGGAAGUAGAUUAA